AUGGCAAACUAUGAAGAUGAUCUUAGAAACCCCGUUUGGGCUCCUCCUGAAAGGUAUGGGAUCAAUCCAGAUUGGGUAGUUCUACGAAAAAAUCAUGAAGAUACUGGAGGACGCGUAUCUCCUUACUUAAUCUACCUUGAUCAAGAUAAUUCUGAUAUAGUUGUAGCCAUAAGGGGGUUUAAUUUGGCAAAGGAGAGUGAUUAUAUGGUCUUACUUGAUAACAAACUGGGGCAGGCAGAAUUUGAUGGUGGGUAUGUUCAUAAUGGUCUACUCAAGGCAGCACAGUGGGUUUUGGAAGUGGAGUGUGAGGCUCUGAAGGAACUCGUUGAGAGGAAUCCAAACUAUACAUUAACAUUUGCUGGACACUCUUUAGGAGCUGGGGUGGCGACAUUGUUAACAAUGCUGGUGAUCAAGAAUAGGGCUAAAUUGGGAAAUGUGGAGAGGAAAAGAAUCAGAUGCUUUGCAAUGGCUCCGGCAAGGUGUAUAUCACUAAAUUUGGCUGUGAGAUACGCAGAUGUCAUCAACUCUAUUGUUCUCCAGGAUGAUUUUUUACCUAGGACUACCAUGGCACUGGAAGAUGUUUUCAAGUCACUUUUCUGUUUGCCAUGCUUACUAUGCGUAAUGUGCUUGAAGGAUACAUUCACACUGCAGGAGAAGAUGCUAAAAGAUCCGAGGAGACUAUAUGCACCUGGUCGACUUUACCACAUUAUUGUGAGGAAGCCCUUCAGGUGUGGAAAAAUUCCACCUGUUGUAAAGACAGCAGUACCUGUCGAUGGGAGGUUUGAGCGCAUGAUUCUGUCUCUCAACACAACUGCCGACCAUGGCAUUAUUUGGAUAAUUAGAGAAUCUCAAAGGGCACUCGAUUUCAGUUGAUGCUGGAAGAAGAUCAGGUUAUGGAUAUUCCGGCAGAGCAAAGGAUGGAACGGAAGGCAUCUCUCAGAAAAGAACAUAUGGAGGAGCACAGGGCUGCAUUACAGAGGGCUGUUGCACUGGACGUUCCACAAGCAUAUUUGCCUUCCUCGUAUGGAACAUUCCAUGAAAUCGACGAAGGGGAGAAUUCUGAUAGAAAACAAGAAUUUCCUUCCACUGCAUCUAAGAAAAUGGGAGAAAGCUGGGGUGACCUAGUAGGCCGACUUUUUGAUACAGAUGAUUCUGGCCGAGUGGUGCUGAAGAAGUCAUCCCCCUAACUCGGGCAACAUUCAUUUGCUAAUUUGAAUCACUCUGUUGAAUGGCAAGUAUCAGAAACUCAUACAUGUGUAGUGUUUAGUGUAUAGUUUUACACCAACACCAAAGCCCAGACAAAAGAGGGGGGUUGAGUUCGAAAGUUGAUAGUCAAUGUAAAAUUUGUCGGGUCUGUGAUGAACACUUUGGUUAUGUUUGAUUAUUGGCUUAGUUUCAACUCACAUUUGGUACUUCAUGUAAAUAUGGAAACUAAUUUGGAGUUAAAACUGAGUAAAAUAAGCUCUUGCACUCUACUAAUAGUAUAGA